AUGGAAGAAGCUCGCGCUGCCGUGAAGGUGAAGGAUGCCUUGGUGUGGGUGGAUCUGGAAAUGACUGGGCUGGAUACCCGCAAGGACCACAUUAUGGAGAUGGCCUGCCUCAUCACGGACGCCAAUCUCAACAUCGUUGCUGAGACCGACGAUUUGGUGAUUCACCAGCCUGACGAUGUGUUGGACUCAAUGAACGAUUGGUGCAAGACCCACCACGGCGCCAGCGGCCUUACGCAGGCCUGCCGCGAGAGCAAGGUCUCGGUCGCUGAGGCGGAGGAGCGAAUGCUGCGAUUCGUGGAGGCCCACACGCAGCCGGGCGCGGCCAUCUUGGCCGGCAACACCGUGCACGCCGACAAGGGCUUCCUCCAGGUCUACAUGCCCAGGUUCAUGGGACACCUCCACUACCGCAUCAUGGCGCGUCACCACCCCAGAUCCCUCUUCCAUGACGUGAGCACGGUGAAGGAGCUGUGCCGACGGUGGUACCCCGAGACCUUCGCCAAGGCCCCGCCAAAGGCGGGUUCCCACCGCGCGCUGGAGGACAUCAAGGAGAGCAUCAAGGAGCUGCAGUUCUACCGCGAGCACAUCUUCGUGCCGCAGGACAAGACUGCCAGUCCCCAGUGA